AGUCAAAGGAUGAGUAGGACUGGAUCAAAGAUGAAAUGCUCCUAUUGCAGCAAGGAAGGGCACAAUAAGAAAGGUUGUGAGCUGAAAAAGCAGCAUCAACAACAAGAUGUAAUGGAUGAUUCAGUGCCAGGGACAGGACCUACUGAAGAAACUCUUGUUGGGCCUAUUGAAGGGAGGACAGAAGGCCCUGCUGUAAUUCCUACUGAAGGGCAAACAGAAAGCCAUGUUGUAAGGCCUACUAAAGGGCCAAAAAAAGGCCCUGUUGUAGGCUCAAGUGCAGGGAUAGGGACUAGAAUGGGCAAGACAGCAACAACAACAACUGAGUCCACUGUUGAGCAAACAAGAAAAAAAUAUCCUGUCAGAAGACGAGCAACUGCACAAGUUGCAGAGGUUGCUACAAGGAUUAUUGCUGCUGAAAAUGAUGCACCACAACGAACAAGAGGGGCUCUUGGGAAAAGAUUAAGGCAAUAUGGUUAUGGGAUUUACACAGAUGAACGUACUGGAAUGACCAUUUUGAAUCCUGGGAGAACUUCGGAGGUACUUCUCUCUCAAGGUGGGCCAACUCAAGAAUCAAGGGCGCAGCCAAAGAAGAGUGCUCCAAAGAAGAAGAAGACAUCGGGUACAGCUGCGAAACAACCAUCCAAAAAGAACCCAGCACCAGUUCCAUCUCAACCAACGAUUGGGAGCAGUAGUGAUGAUAUGGACCAACACAUGACACGUGGUAGAACAAAAAUAGCCGCCGUCAAAAACAAGGACAAGGAAAAUGAGGUGAUAGAAAGCCCAACUAAAGAACCUGCACGACUAGUUCGAAAGAGUGCUCGGAUUAUGAAUCAAUUCAAAGCUCCAAGAGGAAAAGGAGAUGAAGGUGUUGUCAAUAUUGACUGAUGGGAGGGAGGGUGCUGGACAUGGUCUCUUUUUAUGUGAUG